AUGGAGGUGGCCCUGGUCGACUUUGAGAGCCUGGAUGAACUUGACGGCAGUCUUGAGGAUGAGAUGGACACCUAUGCUGAUGAGACCACAGCUCUCACUGUGGAACUACCCCCAGAGGACAACAGGUCAGGCGGCAACUACCUUCGGCGAGCUUCUCAACUUUCCUUUACACCCUCCCACCACAGUAUUGUGCCCUCCUGCAUUUGGGAAUCCAUAUCAUCUUCACCCAUUCAAGAGGCACAGACACUGGUGGUGCCCCAAUCCCCUACGAUACCAUCCCCAAGCAGGCAGGGGCGCAGUAGCUGCGCCAGCAUAAUCUCCAACUGGAAAUUGUUGCUAAGUAGUGAGGGCACUAAGGAGAGUGAGAUGAUCUUCAAUCAGCUUGCUAAGGAGUGUUGCGAAGAUUUAUUAGCCGAUAAAUCUGGGCUCGAUGAUGGAGAACAGAAAGUCAUCAUCAACAUUGCUGGUCUCCGUUUUGAGACGCAGUUCAAAACAUUGGACCAGUUUCCUGAAACUCUGCUUGGAGACCCUUUGAAGAGAAUGGAUUACUUCGAUCCAAUGAGAAAUGAGUAUUUCUUUGAUCGGAACAGACCCAGUUUUGACGGGAUCUUGUAUUACUACCAAUCAGGGGGUAAGAUCAGACGACCAGCUAAUGUUCCCCUUGAUGUGUUUGCAGAUGAAAUUGUGUUUUAUGAGCUUGGAAAUGAGGCCUUGGAGCAGUUCAGAGAAGAUGAAGGAUUUAUAAAGGAUGUUGACAUACCUCUACCUUCUAAUGACAUGUUUAAGCAAUUCUGGUUACUGUUUGAGUACCCAGAGAGCUCCAAUGCUGCCCGGGGUGUAGCACUUGUGUCUGUUUUUGUUAUUGUCAUAUCCAUCAUUAUUUUCUGCAUGGAAACUCUUCCGGAAUUUAGAGAUGACUCUGACCCAGUUGUACCCACAGUUCUACAACCUUUCAACCAAUCCAGAGGCAACACGGCUCCACCUGGUGCCAAGACCACAACCUUCACUGAUCCCUUCUUCAUCAUUGAGACCGCCUGCAUCACCUGGUUUUUCUUUGAGCUCUGUGUGAGGUUUUUGGUCUGUCCCAGCAAAAAGGAUUUUUUCCACAACCUCAUGAACAUCAUUGACAUUAUAUCCAUAAUCCCCUAUUUUGUUACUGUGAUUACAGAAAUGGUCACAACGCCAGAAGUGAACUCAGGGCAGAACAUGUCUUUGGCCAUUCUUCGUAUCAUCCGCCUUGUACGGGUGUUCCGUAUAUUUAAACUCUCACGUCACUCCAAGGGACUGCAAAUCCUGGGACAGACUCUGAAAGCCAGUAUGCGUGAGCUUGGCUUGCUCAUCUUCUUCCUCUUCAUUGGAGUCAUCCUUUUCUCCAGUGCUAUCUACUUUGCUGAGGUAGAUGAGCCUAACACACAGUUUGUCAGCAUACCUGAUGGAUUCUGGUGGGCUGUGGUUACCAUGACCACUGUGGGCUAUGGGGACAUGUGUCCCAUCACCUUGGGGGGCAAGAUGGUGGGCACCCUGUGUGCCAUCGCAGGUGUGCUGACCAUCGCGUUGCCUGUUCCUGUAAUUGUCUCUAACUUCAACUACUUCUACCACAGAGAGACAGAGGCAGAGGACAAGUUGCCUUUGAAAGAUGCUAAUGAGAAAGACAUGAAGACUGAGACAGAUAACAAGCAGGGUAGCAACACCUCGCUCAAUAUACCCAAUGGCUUCUGGCAGACAUUCAAUUAA